AUGGGGCUGGUGGUGACCACGGAGCACCUAUGGGGCUGGGAGCCUGUGAAGGUCCUAUGGGGUGGGGUUUGGGCUCAGGAACGCGGGGGGUGUCGCCGCGCAGCCGCCGCCGAAACAGGACUUGGGCCCCCACCCCAAGACGGGGGUUUUUGGAACAACCAUCGUCAGCCGAAGCCCGGACGCAGCGCGCGGCAGAAUCGAAGCGCCGAGUUCCCAGCUCGGCUCAGCGACGGCGCGCGAGACCUCCCUUCCCAGCGGCACAAGCUCUCCGGCUCCGCGGGACGCUGCGCUCCCUCUGGAGAUGUUCCCUGCAGCACCCUCCCCAACACCUUGGAGCACGAGGAGCAGUUGAAGAAGAUCCUGGUAAAUUCCUCUUUCUCCCAGUGUCCAACAAAAGUGCUGGAGGUCAGGAAGCAGGAGUUUGAGCAACUGGAAGAGCUGAAGAAGCCGAGGUGCUCCUUUCUCCGCCUGUGCCGUGCCACAGAGGACAUGAUAAAAGUGGAUAGAAGUACCGUGGAGAAAAGCGUCAUGGACAACGAGAGUUUUAAAGAUCAGAUGUCAGUGAAGAAGUUCUCCGUCGACGGCACGAGUCAAAUGGAACCGCAUGUCCUCGACAUUUAUAGCAACAUGAUGCAAAAACUUGACAUCGUGGAGAAAAGCCAAUGUUUCCGUAGGCUGUGGAAGAUGAGAGCGGAGCAAACCAAAGCCACCACGCCUGAAGAUCACAUUUUCUCCAUAGAAGAUGUUCAAGAAAAAAUUUAUAAGCCAGCCGUCGCUGACCUUCAGAAAACCUACCUGUCCCUCAAAGACUUCUCCAUCACCCUCGGCACUGUGCAGAGCUGGUUCAAGAACCUGCUGGGAAAGAAGGAUCAGCUCCUGGAGGAGUUUAAAAUCCUGGAGGACAGUGAAGGGCCAAGGAAUGGAAAAGCUGGCUGGAUGGCAGAUGCGGUGGAGAGGACUGAAAACUACCUGACCCUCUCGAAAGCGGUCAACACUGCCAAGAUGAUCGAUGAUCUGCAGCAGAUGCUUCGGCUGGAGGGCGAUUUCCAGAUUCUCAGCGACCUGACGAAACACCUACAGCGGGAAUUCAAGAAUAAGCGCCUCGAUUUUAUGACCCAAGACUUGAUGAAGGUGAAAAAAUGUUUGAGUGAAAUUCCCCAGGGAGUCUUGGACUUUUUGAGGGUACUUCUGGACUAUUCAAGGAAAGGUUUUACCUCCUGGAUCAAGACCAUAAUAAAAGACAAGACGGAAAUCCCCGUAUUUGGGGACCUGGCAUCGAUUUCUGUGGGUGAAAACGACAUGGAUAUCGACAGAGUGAGGUUCUUCCGUGAUGCCAUGGCUGCUUCUGCCCCCAUCAUGUUAGACCUUAGUCCCACAGCCGGGUUCGAGGAAUUCUCUGAAGCUCUGUCUUUCAUCAGAGAAGCCAUGGCGAAAGACAAGAAUCUUCCCAAGAAGCUGAAAGAUUCCUGUGACAAUCGAGAAUGGAUACAGACGGUUCAUGACUCUCAUGGCUCUGUGGAGCGUUCUUCGAUCUCUCAAGCCAGAAGCAUCAACAACAACGGGAUUUUUACCAUCUCAGCACCUCUGAAAUUCAAGGCUACUCUCGAAGACUGUGUCUCAUUGCGACUGCUGAAUGACAGCGAGGAGAGCACAUCUCCAGCAGACCAGAAGGCCAAGAAAUAUAGUUUGUCUCAGCUGACGGAGCUCCAGAACAAGCUUAUGUUGAUUGCCACCAAGGUUGAGCAGGGCAGAGAGGAGGCAAACCGUUUCCUGGAGACACUGGAAAAAGUUGAAACAAUUGGGAAGUUGUACCUGGAGCUUCUCAGCAUUGGCAAUAUCCUCUUCAUCAACUGGAAGGCUGAUAUCUACUGCAACCCCCAACAACAUGUGAAGGUCUACACAGAGUUUGGAAUUGCCGGAAUCCUUGUUCAGAGCACAAGACCCCUCCUGGAGGAGCUGGAUAGCCUCUCUAAAGUGAUGGAGCAUUGCCUGGUAGAGUGGAAGAAGUACCUGGAGACUCAAAGGGACACCUACUAUCACCUCGACCUGUUCACUGCACACCAGCUCUUCUAUUUAUGCAGCCAGCUGGCCCGAGCCCAGAAAGGCAUUGUAGAACCGCAGGGGCUCAUCAUGCUUUCCAUCAUCAAGCAUGACAUCAAUGACGAAGAUAUCAAAAAAGCCCUGGGGGAUGCACUGAUGACUCCCCUGGACUCUGUGAAUGUGUCGGCAGGAGGCGAGGAAUCAGUUACCUGGCACGAUUACGUCAUUCGUUUUCCCCAGCUCGUCAAAAGCUUGGCCGAAUCGGGCUAUGAUGAGUCAGUGGCAAAGGCAGCCUUGCAGAGCUGCCUGUCCAACUCCCCCAUCACAGAGCAAAUGCUCAUGGAUUUUGCCUUUGAGCAGGGUGAUGACAAGGAGGUGGUUGAAGAGCUCAGCAAGUUGUACGAGGAGACGAGGGAAACCUUCCUGCAGAAGAGACGGAAAUUCCAGACUGGCAGCAGAGAUGUCGACCGGGUUUCCUUCAGCACCCUGGCGCACGAUGAGUUGGCCGCUGCCUUUGAGAGCUUGCCGUCUAUUUACGACAAGGUGAAUCUGCUCUGGGAUGCCUACUGUAAGAAAUUCGCUGGCCUGGUGUCCGAUAAAUACAUAGGCUUGGAUGUUUUUGGGGAGACGCUGAAGCACUUGGCCGCUCUAGAAAGCACGCGUGUCGAGAGAAGUUUACCCGUAGGCUUUGAAGCGGGGAAACCGCUUCUCAUCAUGUGUAAGGAAGAGGAAAUGUUACCCAACGUGUUAUUUGUCUACCGACACACUGAGAUGGCGCCUCUCCCAUCGUACGAUGAGGUCCUGGUGUGCACACCCAACACGGAGGAGGAGGAGGUGGAGCUGCUUGUCAGGAGAGCUCUUUUCCCAGGUUCCCAAGACCAGAAGAUCUACUGCUUGCUGGGUGCUGAUAGAUUAGUUUAUAAAGUUUCCAAACAACUCGAGUCCCACUUCUUCCGCCUGGUGCACUCUUCCAGCUUUCCCAACUACAGAUUCAUCAUCUUCUGCAAUGCCAAAGCUCACAAUUCCUAUGUUAUCACAGCCUUUGAUGCCUACAAGAUGACUUUCCCCUGCUACUCCAAGACAGAGAUCCAGACCUACCUGAAGAUGCACCUCAAAGUGCCGAGCGGGACAGCCCCCGUCGCUCAAGCCUUUGAAGAGCCCUAUCAGCAGAACGUGAAGUUCGUCUUUUCGGAGCGAGCGGGAAUGGGGAAGUCUCUCUUUGUGGACAAUACCAUCAGAAAGGUCCGUGUCCAGCUGGGUGGCACGCUACCACUUCACAAAACCAUUAGGCUGAUGGAGUCGGAGAUCGAUUUCCAGUUCUUCGUGGAGGAGCUCUUCUCCAUCAAGGAGUCCUUGACUGAUGAAAUUCAUCCCACCAUCUUCCAGAUUGAUGUGUCUCCAGUGGUAUCGAAGGGUCUCUACCGGCUGCUGAUUGACCUGUGCAUCCUGCGGCACAUCCAGAGUCCUGACGGCUUAGUCUGGAAGUGCAAACCCUCUCAUCUUUACUUGAUCGAGUACCUGGUGAAAGGGAAAGGUGUUAGCACUACAAGGAAGCAAGAGAUGUCUGUUGAAAUGGAAGAAAAUUUUUUGGAUCUUUUUCCUACUGUGAAGUGCGUAUCACCACGGCGGGUGCUCAACUUGCUGGAAGAUCCCAGCUCUGUCCCUCCUGAGGGAUUGAGGGAGGAACAGUUUGACCAGGACAAGCUAAAUAGUGAAGUUUUCCAAAGGUCCUACCAAUACCUCAGCAGAUACAAACAGAAGGAAAACCUCGACCGUUUCACUUUUGUCCCUGGGAGGGUUGAAGGGACAGAGAAAGAAUGCCUGGCCUGCUUGAUGGAGUUCUGCCAGAGAAGCAACCCCUCCUGGACUGAGCUCAGCAACUUCACGCGCUUCUUGAAUUUCCAGCUAAAAAAGUGUGAGAAGUCGGUCUUCUGCAGUACAGUGGUCGGAGGCGAGUUCUCUGGCUUCAAAACAUUUGUCAUUAAAUUCAUGAUCGCCAUGUCCAAGGACUUUGCCAUGCCUUCCCUCAAUGUGUCCGACGAAAGUGUGCCAAGUGAGGAGUGGAAGGAGAUGGACAAUGUUUUGAGAAAGUACCAACUAAGACACAAGUGGGAACAACAGUCUCACCCUUAUAUAGUCUUCCACGCUGAGGAUGAUUCCAGGGAAUUUUUGGGUUUCCAUAUCAACCAGAACUUUGACGCUAUUGAUGCUUAUUCCGAGGCUGUUUUGGAGAGGGCGGUUACGAGCAGGAAUUUAUACAGGACCUUGGCACUGCAAAAUGUUCCUUUCAAUAAGAAAUUUGAAACCUUAUCCAGAACCGAGCAGUUGGAGGCCCUCUGCAGAGUCUUUGGUGUGAAAUGCCAGGAAGAUCCAGAUGCUUCAUACCAGCUGACUCUGGACAACACCAUGAAGAUGUUGGCUAUUCACCUGCGGUUCCAGUGUGGCGUCCCCGUGAUCAUCAUGGGUGAAACUGGCUGUGGGAAGACGAAGCUGGUGCAGUUCAUGUGCAACCUGCAAAACGCAGGCAAGACCAUUCAGAAUAUGAUGGUGGUGCGUGUUCACGGCGGCACCACCUCCAAGACCAUCCAGAAGAAGGUAAGGCAGGCCAUUGCUGCACGCACCAACGAAGAAGAGCACAACAUAGACAUGGUGCUGUUCUUCGACGAAGCCAACACCUCGGAGGCCAUCUUCGCCAUCAAAGAGGUGUUGUGUGACCACAGCGUCAACGGAAAGCCGAUUUCCACUGGCCGCUUAAAAGUGGUGGCCGCUUGCAACCCUUACAAAAGACACAGCAAGGAGGCCAUUGAGAAACUGGAGAAAGCUGGCUUGGGAUACUGAGUCCGGAGUGAAGACACCCUGGAGAAGCUGGGUUACAUUCCUUUGCGGCAGUUGGUGUAUCGGGUGCGGCCCCUUCCUCCCAGUUUAUUACCUCUGGUCUGGGAUUUUGGGGAGCUGAACGAGAAGACGCAAAGCCUGUACAUCAGGGAGAUUGUGAAGUCCACUGUGGAGACCCAGAUCCCUGAGGGAAACCUGGAUGUCUUCACCAAUGUCAUUUCAGCCUCCCAGAAGUUCCUGAGAGAGAGGAAGGACGAAUGCAGAGUCGCCAGCCUCCGGGGUAUAGACCGCUGCGUGAAAAUAGUGCUCUGGUUUUAUGAGUUGAGAGACCUGCUUUUCCAUGAGAUUGAUAAGAAGAGGCGGCAUGAGGAGGAAGAGGAGCCAACCUUAAAUGAUGCACAAAGGGCUUUGGUCCUUUCAUUGGGGGCCUGCUAUUACGUGUCUCUGGAGAGCCGCCAAGAGUACCUGGAGGAGAUUGCAAAAUGCUUCUCGCUCCCUGCGUCCCGGCUAAAGCAAGAGAUUGAGUUGUGCCAGGAGGUAUUUCUUGAUAACCUCUCCAUUCCUAAGGCCACAGCCUGCAACGAUGCUCUGAGGGAGAACAUCUUCAUGAUGGUUGUCUGUAUGGACCUCCGGGUGCCGCUCUUUCUGGUUGGCAAGCCGGGAAGCUCCAAAUCUCUAUCCAAAACCAUUGCUGUAGAUGCCAUGGAAGGUACAUUGUCCAGAAGCCCAUUGUUCCAAUGGUGCAAAGAGAUCCAGCUGGUCUCCUUCCAGUGCAGCCCCCACUCGAAACCAGAAGGUAUCAUCUUCACUUUCCGACAACGCGCUCAGUUCCAGAAGGGCAAGAACCUGAAUGACUUUGCAUCCAUGGUCCUGCUGGAUGAGAUCGGUCUUGCAGAAGACUCACCUGAUAUGCCGUUGAAGACGCUGCAUCCUCUUCUGGAAGAUGGCUGCGUUGAUGACGAGACGCUGGAGGCUUACAAAAAAGUUGGCUUUGUGGGCAUCUCCAACUGGGCCUUGGACCCUGCCAAAAUGAACAGGGGCCUCCUUGUCUUUCGGACCGAACCUAGUGAGAAAGAGCUGGUGAAGACCGCUGAAGGCAUCUGUGCUGACCAACCUCACCUUGAAAAAAUCAAGCAUUUGUUCCCCAUUCUGGCAAACUUCUACUGCAAUGUGCUGAAAAUGCAGAAAACAGAGUUUUUUGGGCUUCGUGACUUCUACAGCUUAAUCAAAAUGAUCGUGUCCUACACACAGAAUAUGAAGCGCGGUUCUCAAGAUGAGCUCCUCAUCAAGGCCAUCCAGAGAAACUUUGGAGGCUCCAGAGAUAUCCAUCCUCUGGAAAUCUUCCGUAACUGCACCAGUGAGCUACGUCUCAACUCUGCGGUGGAAACCAGCUGCAUCCGUCUGUUGGAGGAAAACAUGGACAAAGAGCAAGCGGCAUUCACGUCUCGUUACCUCCUGUUGCUGACGACCAACAACGCUGCCUUUCAGAUCAUCCAGAUGACGCGUCUGAUAGACACGAGCAACUGUGACAUUAUAUUCGGCUCUGGUUUCCCACGGGACCAGGAUUAUUCCCAGGUGUGCCGCUCUGUGAACAGGGUGAAAAUUUGCAUGGAGAUAGGCAGGCCUGUUGUCCUCCUCAACAUACAGAACCUGUAUGAGAGCCUUUAUGAUGCUCUCAACCAAUGCGUCCUCAGCCUGGGGGGCAAUUACUACGUUGGCCUGGGCCUUGGCACUCAUAGGGUGAAGAGCCGCGUGAAGGAGGAAUUCCGGCUGAUAGUUAUAGAGGAGAAGAAAGUGGUCUACACACAGUUCCCCACCCCUCUGCUGAGCCGUCUGGAGAAACAUUGCUUGGACAUGAACGCUAUCCUCAGCUGGCAACAGCAAGACCUGAAGCAGGACCUGGAAAGGUGGGCCAGUCGGUUUGUCUACAUUGAGAACCCUGAUUUGUUCAGGGUCUCGUCCCACACGCUCGCUCCCAAGGAAUACGAUGUCUUCAUCGGCUUCAGCGAUGACACGUCCGCCACCAUCGCGCUGGAGUGCUCCCAACACACCCACUGUGGAGGCUAUGAACCCUAUGGAGAACAGGUCUUCUCCACUGCCACAAGCAAAGUGGUGGAGUGUGCCACUCCUGAUGCCAUCCUACGCCUCAAGUACUCCGCUCUGAAGGAUGCUACGCAGAUCCAGGACCUGUAUUUCAUCCAGCAGAAGCACAACAGCCUGGCCAGCCUCUUGAGUGAGAUGAUGAACCAGCAGAAGAAGGAAGGGAGCACCAGCGGACUGUGCCUGCCGGUUUCUACUCACACCAGGCUACUAAACCAGAAGGAUUUAGAGGUGCUGAGGAAGACAUUCGGUCUGCUGGACACAAUCCACUGCCUUUUCCUAAGCCAGUUUGACACCGAACACGCUUUACGCCAGGACCUCAGGAAUUUCUUCAGGGACUCACAAGAAGCAAGACUGGUCCUCGUUCAGUUUCAUUUCGAUGAGCCACAGAGCAGCAAAAGACUGCUGGCACGUGCCAAGUACUGCAUCACAGACGAGCGACGGAGGUCGGCCAGCCCCCAUCUGCUGCAUCUUGUGCUGAUCACUAAAGUCCCACGGGUGCUGGGGGGCUGCAGCUACCUGGCUUUUGACAGUGGCGAGUGGAAGUCCAUCCACUUGGAUGACCUGAUGCCCCCAGAGAACUUUAAGGCCAAUCUUGGCCAGCUCUCCAAAAUGACCAUUGCCGAGAUUUUCACCAGCAGCUCCCAACAGAAGCUGCCACCCAGUUCUCCAGAGGAUUCUGCUGCCCUGGGAAGACUCACCGAGGCGGGUCUUUACCCAGAGAAAAAUCCACAGUUUCUCAAUGUGGACACAAUGAUCAAAGGCAUCAUCCAGAAGGCUGGGAUCCAGCUGGAGGACAAAAAGGACAACAGCCAGCGUCCAAUGGAGAGAAUCAAGAUCCUUCACAACUUGCUUUUCCACGCUCAGAGCAGUGGCAAGAUUUCCAGUCACUUUAUGACCAUCCUGAAGAAGAGAAUUUGUUACCUCCUGCAAGAACGAGAGAAACCCACCCAAGAGCCAAGGGCCUGGAUUUUCCGCAGGGCGCUGAGUACUGAAUUCAUCCUGGAAGACACAUCAUUCAGGCAAGCGCUCUGGGUGCACCUGGAAGACGUUGUGGCGAAUGUCUUUGCCCAAAUUCUCGCCGUGGUGGAUGCCAACAACAACCUGGAUCAUGUCUCUCAAGGCUCUCUUGCCAGCAAGCUGGCAGAACUGUGGCUCCAGAUGUUCCAAGAAGAAACAUACCUAAAAAUUAAAUACACCCAGAAGGCGGCAGAUGCUAGGAUUCCUGUGUUAUCGAUGACCGAAGACCCCAACACCUCCCUCUUCUGCCAGUUCCCCUUCAGCUGGGUUUUGAAAGCCUACCUGGACGACAUAUGGGAGAGAGUCUAUCACAUGAAAGAUCAGCCUGAGAGGCCAAUGGAGGAAGUGGCCAGGUUCUACCAAAGCUUCAUCAAGAACGUCUUGAUGCCAGAUGGCAGCCACCCAGGCAUGCUACACUAUUACGCCAAUGACUUUCUCAGGAUGGCUUUUCCCGGGCAAGAUCUCCCUGUCUAUGAGAUUCUCUCAAGGGUUUUCCUAGUCAGUGCAGAACAACUCUGCUCCUCCGUGGGCAGGGGGACGGGCUUCUCCCCGAUUUGGCUUCACCUAAGUCACGAGGACCAGCGUUGGCUUUCAGCAGAGCUAUAG